UCGAGUUUGCUGAGGAUGCGAUUAGAUUGCAGAUAACCAUCUUGAUCAACUUCGCACUCCCCACCCCCCACCUUAACAUUUGUGUGCUGCUUGUGUGUGCUUCCUCCUUCAACGAGGACAAUCUCACCGCCACCAAAACAAAGACCAGGUCCCGCCACACUUCACACAAUGUCGACCGUCGUACCACCGCCCUCGAAACGGCAGCGCCGCGAACAACUCGAGCGCACGCAGACGCAGGCCGACGUGUCGGCCAUCCUGCCCCCCGACAAUGGCACCUUCAAGGCGCGCUUCGUCGACGGCGACGGCAACCAGAUGACGGACGUGGUCGAGGUGCCGCUGGCCGACGCCACCGAGAAGAACGUGUCGCUACUGCUCAACACGCUGCUGCAGCGCGACCGCGACGACUUCCUGCCCUACCGCUUCCGCGUGCACAUGCCCAACUCGGCCGUCGUCGUCGACACCUACCCGGCCGACCUGCUCGCCCUGCUGCGCUCCCACGGCGUCGAGAACCCCUUCGAGACCACAAUCACCCUCGCCGCCGAGCCCCAGGCCGUCUUCAAGGUCCAGUCCGUCACCCGCCUCGCCGCCAAGAUCCCCGGCCACGGCCAGGCCAUCCUCUGCGCCCAGUUCUCCCCGGCCUCGAGCUCCCUCCUCGCCACGGGGAGCGGCGACAACACCGCCCGCCUGUGGGACUGCGAGACGGGCACCCCCAAGCACACCCUCAAGGGCCACACCGGCUGGGUCCUCGGCGUCAGCUGGAGCCCGGACGGGUCGCGCCUGGCCACGUGCAGCAUGGACGGCAGCGUGCGGAUAUGGGACCCCAAGACGGGGAACCAGGUCGGCGACGCCCUCAGGGGCCACUCCAAGCCCGUGCUGCAGCUGGCCUGGGAGCCCUACCACCUGUGGCGCGACGGCACCCCGCGCCUCGCCAGCGCCAGCAAGGACGGCACCGUGCGCGUCUGGGUCGUCAACACGGGCCGCACCGAGCACGUCCUGUCGGGCCACAAGGGCAGCGCGACCUGCCUGCGCUGGGGCGCCGGCGGCGAGGGCACGGGGCUGAUCUACACCGGAAGCCACGACAAGAGCGUGCGCGUGUGGGACGCCGUGAGGGGUACCCUGCUGCACGAGCUCAAGGCCCACGCCCACUGGGUCAACCACCUCGCGCUGUCGACCGACUUUGUCCUGCGCACGGGCUACUUUGACCACACGCGCGACGUCCCCGCGACUGAGGAGGGGAGGCGCGCCAAGGCGAGGGAGCGCUUCGAGAAGGCCGCCGCCGCCGGCGCCGGCACCAUCGCCGAGAAGGUCGUCAGCGCGAGCGACGACUUCACCAUGUUCCUGUGGGACCCCGUCAACGCGGGCAAGAAGCCCCUCGCGCGCAUGCUCGGCCACCAGAAGCAGGUCAACCACGUCACCUUCUCGCCCGACGGCGCGCUGGUCGCCAGCUGCGGGUUCGACAACCACACCAAGCUGUGGUCGGGGCGGGACGGCAAGUUCAUAAACACCCUCCGCGGCCACGUCGCCCACGUCUACCAGUGCGCCUUCUCGGCCGACUCGCGCCUGCUCGUCACCUGCUCGCGCGACAACACCCUCAAGGUCUGGAACGUCCGCUCCUGCAAGCUCGCCGAGGACCUCCCCGGCCACGACGACGAGGUCUACGCCGUCGACUGGAGCCCCGACGGGCACAAGGUCGGCAGCGGCGGCAGGGACAAGGCCGUCAGGCUGUGGAGGAGCUAAGGGGGCGCGUUGGGGUGGAUGUGCCAUGUGAAGAGAUAAGACAGGGACAGGACCCCCUUCCUCUACGGGGCUGCGGAUGCCGCCCCUGAGCUGCUGCUGCUGCUACUGGCGGCCGUCCAGGCAGUUGGACCCGGCGCCACGUCGGAGCAGCCUGGAGGCCAAGCACACGGGGUACUGCCCACUGGCAGUCUUGUUGAAUGCUGGAUAUGGCCCAGGAGUGCUAGCGUCCCGGCAGAUCCGGCCCCUCGAACACAAUACGAUUCUGGGGGAAAAAUUGGGGGCCAGGGCGCGCAAGGUGGCUCAAGCCCGACAGCUACUGCCCCGGAGACGACAUGCUGGUGAGAGGGACGUGAGGCGUCAGAUGACGGGGUGGAGAGCGUCUUGGGAGGGCAUUGCCCUUCCUUCACGCCAGGGCGGCAGUGGGCGGUUCCAUAUUGGAACAUCUGGGCGUUGGGCUGGAUCAGUUGUAGAGACUCAUUUCAGUCCGGUGCCAGAGUGUGGGGGCAUGUCAUGUUGCAAGGCAGAUAGAUAGAUAUGCAGACCAUAUAAUACGAUACCCCGUUUGCACAGAGAUUCCUUCUCUCUCGACCUUCGGUGCUUAUUGCCGUGCCAUGCUUGGAGUAGAAUGAACGGUGAUGGCAGUGGUGUGCUCAGUACACGGAGUUGAGAUAUCUUUUCUUGUGUGGCAGUUCGUCGCGAUUUCUUUUCAUCAAAACGUAGAGACAAGCGAGGGGUUAUUUGAGACGAUGCACCUCGUGAUUGUAGAGAGACGCCACAUGCCUCUUGAACGAGCUAACGCAUCUCGGCUAUCAAGUAGCAGCCGCUGUGUGAUUUGCAGUCGCCAUAUCUCAGCCCGAUGCUGGAGAGACCUCAGAAGCUCUUUGGGGGACGCAUGGAAUGAUUGUGGGCCAUACAGUGUUAUCACACGAUGCUCUGUUCAAAUUGAGAGACGCCAUACUCUCUG